CUCUCUCUCUCAAAUCUUGUUCCUCGAUUCGAACAACAUUGAAAUGAUUCGCUGCGAGUGACGUUUCUAUAAUCGUUGUGGAAACAUUUUCGCUACACAUUUGGUUCCGAUCAGUUAUAAUUUAUAUUUUGAACGAAGUGUUUUAAUUGAAUGAAAGCCAGCCAAAAAAAAGUUUAUUGAUCAUGUCGAAAAGUUGUUUGCUCUGCCGGAAAUCACUGAUGUGCCUUCAGAUAGAGGACCGUACGAUGAAGAUCGUGGAUUGAAAACGCAGAUAUUUGGUCGCAAAUGGCAUACGACCGAAAAAGAGGAAUCGCAUACAACUACCAAUGGAUAUGACGAACGUGACGAUCUAUAUUCGAGUACGCCAAAUGAUGAGCAAACACAACUGUUGAAUCAGAAACAUGUAACCAUGGUUGUGCACAGAAAACACUGAAGAUAUAACGACUACAAUGGAAACUGAUUAUGCGGAAAUAGCAACCCCAGUAUAUGAAACGCACAUUUUUAAUCAUAAAAUGCAUCAUGAAACCACCGAGGAAACGGAAAGUGAUGAAUAUGAUUCAAAUUCGAAAACUUCGACUGAGGAAUACGAAACGGGUCGCGCUUCAAAGCCAUCUGAAGGUCAUUAUGGCUGGGGACUACCAACAUCCACCGGAAAAUUUGAAGAAUAUGAUACAGAUACAGAUACAUCUUCAUACGAAGACGACAGUGACGAUUAUUAAAAUUGAGACGUACGACAAAAAUGUGAUUAAUUUGAAUAAAGUAGUGAAACACCGCAUGAAAUACAUACCCUUAUCUUGUUUGAAUUUGAUUAUUUGGAAGUAUUUAGACAAACAGUCGCUUAAUUUGAAUUUGAUUUGUAAUAUCAGUUAUCAUAUUUAGAGAACAGUUUGUUUGAACCUUAAAAUGUGAUUAAAUCCCUUGUGCGCAUAUGCACAUCGCCAAACGACCCACAGUAGAAGCUAAAUAUUGAUAUAAAAUAAUCAACUUAUCUACCAUUGACCUUGAUUCUUUUUUGGCUUCUGAAAGCAAUUAUUUUUAUUUGCAAAACAAUAUUACGAAUCUGGCAAAAACGAUCCUCACUGGUGUACAUUGUACAAUUUGAUAAUUACACAAAAUUAGUACAAAUUUGACUGGUUUUGAUCAGUUUGAAUCGACUUUUGAAGUGAAAAAGUCUAAAUUUUCGGAGGUGAAGAAGGUCUUAGCAAAUAAAUAAACGCAAAAAGUUGAAAAAAUGGGCAAAACUUGUUUGGUUAGUGAAAUUUAUUAGUGUGUAAAAAAACUCUCAAGUUAAUAUAUCAAAAUUAUGUUCAUCAGUUGAUGUGAUUCAAUAUUCCUUGCCAGUUUUUCUGAUUUUAAAUCCAGAAUUCAAAAAGUCGGCAAUAUAUUUCGCCAAUAUACUUAUAUAAAUCGAUGUGGAAAUUUUCCGAAAUUAUUUUCAGAAGAUGAAGUGUUUGAUAAAAAAAAUGCCCACCUCGGAAUAUUCUAUGGAAAAAAACGAAAUCAAAAAAUUGUGAACUAUACAUUGAUAUCUUCAAGAUUAAAAAUCAUGUGAUACACUUGAUGCCAAUCGAAGCGCAGCUGGAAACAGUCAAAUCGAACGCAUCCCCGAAAGCUAAUCCCGAAGCAAGGGCGUUACGUGAAGAAGGAAAUGAAUUGUUUGCCGAUGGAAAAUAUGCAAAUGCAAUGAAGAAAUUCAACGAUAGUUUGAGAUUAGCUGAAAAUGGUAGCGAAGAAGUUGGACUGGCGUAUGCAAAUCGGUCGUCGUGUUUUCUCCACAUGAAAUUGCUUGAUGAGCGCAUGGUUGAUCUGAAAUUGGCCAAAAAAUCAAAUUACCCUACACAUUUUAUGCCUAAAUUAGAAAAACGAAUAGCUCAAUGCACGGUUUUGCUGAAAAAUAAACAAUUGAAGUCAAAAUUCGAGGUUCAUGAGCCGACAUUAAGUUUUGUUGAGCAUACAAAAUUCGCCGGUGUGACCGAUUGUCUGGAUAUUUGGACAGAUGAUGAAUAUGGACGCCAUGUCAUUACUACACGCGAUCUCGAAGUCGGUCAAACGAUUCUGGUGGAAAAAGCUUUCUCCAUGGUUCCAACAAAACGGAUGAACAUGGGUCGUGAUCGCUGUGUUAAUUGCUUUCGAGAGUUUAAAAUCUUUAUUACGUGUGAAAAUUGUAUCAACAGUCGAUUUUGCUAUGACGGAUGCAUGGAGCAAUCAAAUCACAGCCUUAACUGCAAUCUACCAACACCUCAAGCACAACCUCAAUUGAGUCAACUAGUUUUAGAAAUUUUAUUCAAAGCCAAUGAAGCGUUUCCCGAUGUUGAUAUUUUGAUGAAAACAGUGGACACAUUACUCAACGGUGAAGAAGCCAUUGGCUUAACAAACGUCAUCCAAAGGGAAUUUCGCUUCAUUUUGCAACUGACUUCGAAUCAUGGAAAACGCUCUGAUGCACAAAUCGACCAAUUGCGCAACGUGU